CCAGAGGAGAUUGUUUGUUGUCCAUGUUAAGUAAAGCCAUCGUUUUUCUGCAUAUAUAUAGAUACACAUAGAAGAAUAAGGCCAGACCAGAUGACCAAAGCGUCGCCGUUUCUGGUGUCGGUGCUUCUUCUUCUUCUGUUUCAGCUCAUCAAUGGCGAAGACCCAUACAGGUUCUUCACUUGGAAUGUCACUUAUGGUGAUAUUUACCCUCUUGGAGUUAAACAACAGGGGAUAUUGAUAAAUGGACAGUUUCCAGGGCCUCAAAUUGAUUCUGUAACAAAUGAUAAUUUGAUCAUCAACGUUUUCAAUAGCUUAGAUGAACCGUUUCUUCUUUCCUGGAAUGGGAUUAUGCAACGGAGAAACUCAUGGCAAGACGGCGUUUUCGGUACAAACUGCCCGAUCCCGCCGGGGGGAAACUUCACUUACAAUCUUCAAGUGAAAGAUCAGAUCGGUAGCUUCUUUUACUUCCCUUCACUUGCUUUCCACAAGGCUGCCGGAGGCUAUGGUGGCAUCAAAGUCGCUAGUCGCUCAGUUAUUCCAGUUCCCUUCUCACCACCUGCCGGAGAUUACACAGUACUCGCCGGAGACUGGUUCAAGCAAAACCACACUGAUCUAAAAGCAAUUCUGGACAACGGGCAUGAUCUUCCGUUCCCAGAUGGCCUUCUAAUCAACGGGCGUGGAUCAAAUGGCUUUACAUUUAACGUUGAUCAAGGUAAAACUUACAGAUUCAGGGUAUCAAACGUUGGUCUAACAACUUCAAUAAACUUCAGAAUCCAAGGUCAUAAGCUAAUUCUAGUUGAAGUAGAAGGAACUCAUUCACUACAAAACACAUAUGAUUCAAUCGACAUCCAUUUGGGUCAAUCUUAUUCCAUAUUAGUCACUACCGACCAACCUCCUAAAGAUUACUACAUUAUCGUCUCAACCCGAUUCACCACACCAGUCCUCACAACCACAUCGGCUCUACACUACAGCAACGCAGUCAGUGGUCUCGAUGACACACCUCCUGGUGGACCCACAACUGAAAUCGACUGGUCACUCAACCAAGCAAGAUCACUCAGGCGAAAUUUGACUGCGAGUGGACCAAGGCCAAACCCACAGGGGUCUUAUCACUACGGGUUGAUCAACACGACUCGGACAAUUAGGGUUGUGAAUUCUGCACCGGUUAUUGGUGGGAAGCAGAGAUAUGCGGUUAAUAGUGUCUCGUUUGUUUUACCAGAUACACCGCUUAAGCUUGCUGAUUAUUUCAAGAUUUCGGGUGUUUUUAGUCUUGGUAGCAUUCAGGAUGGCCCGAGUGGUGGUGUGAACCUGCAAACCGCCGUAAUGCCGGCGGAUUUUAGAGGGUAUGUGGAGGUCGUGUUUGAGAAUCCGGAAGAUACCGUACAAUCUUGGCAUGUUGAUGGCCACCAUUUCUUUGUUGUCGGGAUGGAUGGAGGGCAAUGGUCAGAGGCAAGCCGGACUAGCUACAAUUUACGCGACACAAUUUCACGUGUUACCGUACAGGUAUACCCGAAGUCAUGGACCGCGGUUUACAUGCCUUUGGAUAACGUGGGAAUGUGGAAUGUGCGGUCCGAGAAUUGGGCUCGACAGUAUUUAGGUCAACAGUUUUAUCUUCGAGUUUACUCGCCGGCUAAUUCUUGGAGAGAUGAAGCUCCGAUUCCAAAUAAUGUUAUUCUUUGUGGGCGGGCGGUUGGACAUCAACCUUAAAAUUGGUUAUAAAGUAAGCAUUUGUUUAGGAGUAAUGAAAGAGAGGCUGUUUACGAGGUUAUAUACAAAGAAAUUUCGAAUUAGUACAACAUAUUUUCUUUGAAUUAAAUGUGGUUAAUUUGGUUGUAGCAAAUGGUUCAAUAUAUUUAUUUUGGGGUUAUGGAAUUACAUUUAUAGUGCA